UUUGAUUGAUUAAUUCAAUGAUCUGUUCUGUUCUGGAAGAAGAUAAGGAAGGGUGAAAGAAAAUCGUAGGUUUGGACUGAAACCCUAACUCCACUCGACUGUGCCCAAUUUGAUCGCCGCCGCCGCUGCCGUCGCUGUCGCUGCCGCUGAAUCAGGGGAUUAUUUCACUUUUGUUUCCUCUCUAAAAUAUUGGGUAGCUGCUAUAUGAUAUCUUAAUAUUGCCACUGGAAAAUAUAUCAUGUCUGAAGAUGCUGGAUCUAUGUUGGUAGUUUAUGAUGAUCCCUCCGACCAACGCUCACUAUCUUUGGAUGAUGCAAGCAGCACUGAGGAGUCUCCCGAUGAAACCAGGCUCUCCUUGGAAACAACACAUGAUGCUAUUCCAUACAUUGGCCAAAGGUUUGCCACUCAUGAUGCUGCUUAUGAAUUCUAUAGUGAAUUUGCGAAAAGGAGUGGCUUCUCAAUUAGACGUCACCGUACAGAAGGAAAAGAUGGCGUUGGAAAAGGACUUACUAGGCGCUACUUUGUUUGUCACCGUGCUGGCAAUACUCCUGUCAAAACAUCAACUGAAAGCAAACCUCAAAGAAAUAGAAAGUCUUCUCGUUGUGGGUGUCAGGCUUACAUGCGUAUUAGCAAAACAACAGAAUUUGGAGCUCCAGAAUGGCGUGUGACUGGUUUUGCUAACCACCAUAAUCAUGAACUUUUAGAACCAAACCAAGUUCGAUUUCUCCCUGCAUACAGAACUAUCUCGGAUGUUGACAAAAAUCGAAUACUAAUGUUUGCCAAGACAGGAAUUUCUGUUCAUCAAAUGAUGAGGCUUAUGGAGCUUGAGAAGUGUGUGGAACCUGGAUAUUUGCCUUUUACUGAAAAAGAUGUUAGGAAUUUACUCCAGUCAUUUAGGAAAUUAGAUCCAGAAGAAGAAAGCUUAGAUUUAUUAAGAAUGUGCAGAAAUAUUAAGGAGAAAGACCCUAAUUUUAAAUUUGACUACACACUUGAUGCAAACAAUCGUUUGGAGAAUAUUGCUUGGUCAUAUGCUUCAUCAAUCCAAUGGUACGAUAUAUUCGGUGACGCGGUGGUGUUUGAUACAACACACCGGCUGACUGCUUUUGACAUGCCGCUGGGGAUAUGGGUUGGAAUAAACAAUUAUGGAAUGCCUUGCUUUUUUGGCUGCACACUUUUACGUGAUGAAACCGUGAGGUCGUUUUCCUGGGCACUGAAGGCUUUCUUAGGGUUCAUGAAUGGAAAGGCUCCGCAAACUAUAUUAACCGACCAAAAUAUAUGUCUCAAAGAAGCACUAUCCACAGAAAUGCCUACAACAAAACACGCUUUCUGCAUAUGGAUGAUAGUAGCAAAGUUUCCAUCCUGGUUUAAUGCUGUUCUAGGGGAACGGUAUAAUGAGUGGAAGGCUGAAUUUUAUAGACUUUAUAAUCUUGAGUCAGUUGAGGAUUUUGAUCUAGGUUGGAGGGAAAUGCUUUGUUCUUUUGGGUUGCAUUCCAAUCGGCACAUGGUUAAUUUAUAUAGUUCACGCUCUCUUUGGGCGUUGCCAUUUUUGAGAAGCCAUUUUCUUGCUGGAAUGACUUCAACUGGUCAGUCAAAGUCAAUCAAUGCUUUCAUUCAACGAUUUCUGAGUGCACAAACUCGCCUUGCACACUUUGUUGAACAGGUAGCUGUUGCUGUGGAUUUUAAAGAUCAAACUGGAGAACAACAAACCAUGCAGCAGAAUCUCCAAAAUGUUUGCCUCAAAACAGGGGCCCCUAUGGAAUCACACGCGGCCACAAUCCUCACUCCUUUUGCCUUUUCAAAGCUCCAAGAACAACUUGUACUGGCGGCACAUUAUGCAUCGUUUUCAAUUGAAGAUGGUUUUCUUGUGAGGCACCACACCAAAACUGAGGGGGGUCGGAAAGUUUAUUGGGCCCCUCAAGAAGGAAUUAUAAGUUGUAGCUGCCAUCAGUUCGAGUUCACUGGUAUUCUUUGUCGGCAUUCUCUUAGAGUUCUUUCAACAGGAAAUUGCUUUCAGAUCCCAGAUGGAUAUCUUCCUAUUCGAUGGCGUCGCAUAAGCAUGCCCUCUUCUAAGCUUCUUCAAAGUGCGCCAAAUGAUCAUGCUGAAAGAGUUAAGUUACUACAAAACAUGGUUUCUUCUCUGAUGACAGAAUCCGCUAAAUCUAAGGAACGGUUAGAUAUUGCAACAGAACAUGUUUCUAUCCUUCUGUCUCGCUUAAGAGAGCAACCAAUUUCUUUGCAAGGUGGUCGAGAGUCCCAGAAUUAGCACACCUCACACAUACAUGAUCUUUACCAGAGUCCCAUAAGGGCUGCAUUUCCAAGUUACAUGUUCUGGCAAUAAUUCCUUCAUCCAAAAGGCCAGCAAUUGUCUCUACGAAAAUGAAAAAAAUGAAGAGAAUUGGAGAUAGUUCCAAAGAGGUAAGCUUACAAGUUAUAUAAAAAAGAAUUUCUGCCCCCAAAAUAACAAACCUUGCAAGCAUUUGAUUUUGAAUCUGGUAUUGUAUGAAUUAGUCCCCAUCGUGCCAAUCUCUGCAUAUACAUAAUACCCAUAAUAUUUUCAAGUAAGCAAAACUAAUUUUCAAUUGCAGAAAGUAAAAACAAGACUAACUAAAAUACAGCUAGAGGUACAAACUGUCAGAGCCUAAAAGUUCAUUGCUACCAACACUCUUUGCAUGGUCUUCCACAAGUCCUCUAUUGUUGAGAAAAUUUUAUCAGGUUCCCAUCAAAUAGUGAGUGGGCCCAGUUGUUUUUGAUUCCCACACAUAAAAUUUAGCCUAUUGAAAAUGUUGCAUAGGGUUUUUUCUUCCAUUUCUCCAGCAUAUACUAAACUGGGAACCAUUCGUCAAAGCUAAAAGAGAUGCAACAGAUGCGAUCAAAUUUAUGGUGGAUGGUGAUGGAAUUUUUAAGUCAAUUUGCAACCACUUGCCUUGUUAGAAAGUCCAAGUUUUUCUGAAUCUUAAUAUUGUCAAAUCAAUUGAGAGCAGCAAAUACUAGUCAGAAGAUACAUCUUGCCAAUGCUCAAAUGAGCAAAUAAAUACCAUGCAGGAUUAUAUUCUUCCCACCACUUUACCAAAAGUAACAGUUUGGAAGCAUUAUUCAUAGAGAAAGCCAACUAAGGUGAAUGGAGUAGCAAUAAUACAACAAAAUUCCUAAUUUGUCUGGUAUUGUAACUAAAAUUGAAACUUGGGGAGUUAGAAAUACAAUAAAACAUCAUGUUUGUAUUCAUUCGAAAAAAAGAAAAAAAAAACAUUUCCAACUAAAUAAGUCCCAGAAAUCAAAGAAACCACCCAUGAGGACACUCCAGGAACAACCUAUUAUUGGGUUCUGGCAAGACAAGACCCUGGCAAAGGCAACGGUUAGAAUAACAACUGGA